AUGGGACAGUCUUCUUCUACGGCUCGAAAUUCAUCCGAUAUUGGCUAUCCGGAUUAUCUGACCCCGGACUCGAUUGUGCAUCACCCCGGGACGCGGGAUGAAGACAUGAACCACGGACAACUACCCGAGCAAAAUGGAGAGGCUGGCACCUCGUCCACGGCGGAAAUGAACUUGAAUAGUCAAGGAUAUUCAUUUUCGACCCAAACAAACGAGCCACUGGAAACAGGGCAGCAACCCACAAGACACUCUGGCGGGGUUUCGCAUCCAAUGCGAAGCAUCGAAGAGGAAGAUGUUCCGGAAUUGGAGGCACAUGAAAGGGAUUAUCGCUCCGCGGCUAUUACACGUAUGGCGGCGAGAAGGCAAUCUGCCAUGUCAAGGCUGGGUUCUAGAAUUCUACCAAAUUCGGUCAUCCGGGGUCUUCUCAGCAGUCAGGAAGAAACACUUGCAGAAGGCCAUGCGCACAGACAUGGAUUGGUAUCGAGGACCCCGCCAAGGUCUGAAUCGACACACAGCAUCGGCCGUUUCAGCCCAUUCAGUUCGCUUGGGUCCCGGGGAAUCAAUCGUCGACGUUCCACUCGGGGGCCAUACAUCAUCCCCCCACGUGCAGAAUCGUCGGUCAUGGCGGACACGGCAACAGGCACAUCAUUUCUCGAUAAUGAGACUGAUCCUUUAGCUGUGCCCAGUCGAGGCUCUUGGCGUCGGAGCGCUCGCCUACAUCGAGUGCGUCAUUCUUUAUCAACUCCGAUAUCACAUAUGUUUGGUCAACCUCCGUCUGGGGCUUCCUCACCGCAUGAUAACUCAGGCCUCUCACACAGACGAUCUCUGAGUGAUAGUUUACCUAGCGCCAUGGACACUCGCUUGGAUUUCGGUGAGCCUCUGCAUGAGUUAGAUUCGGUUGAGCCAAGCGUGCACGCGAACGGAGCUGCACCUUCGGACAAUCCCCAACUGAUGCGUCGAUUGCCUGGUCUUCUGAGAGCACGGUCCGCUCGGUCCUUGCGACGAGAAGACCAAACACCUCUUUCUCGGGUGCUCCAGCUUGCCGCGGCCGCCAUUGCAGCUCAAUUGUCUGGCGCCAAUGGGCCUCCCUUGCCAAACAUUCAAGCACUAGGUAACGAUGGGCUGGAUGGGUCACUUGAGAAUUUCAUUCGGAGCUUACAGAGCGCUACUUCUGCUCAGGCUCAGCCAUCGGGACCAGCUGAGGGGCCAAGUAACGCUGAAACGGAAGGACCUUCGCCUCCAGUCAAUUUUCUACGAGUAUUCCGAUUUGCCAACGCCGAGUCUCCUGCUGAUGCCAAUCCACUUGACCGUAGCACCAGCGGCUCUAUGAACCCCGAGCCCUCGCCAGAUGAAAUGUCUGUUGACGAGCCCCCGGAAACAACCGAGGGACGAACAGUGACCCUGGUGGUUGUCGGUGUCAGAUCGGUUUCAGCUAGCACUGGGAGCAGAAGUGAACAAGGACCACCGGUUCCAGGAGGUGCGGGGCUGGAUGCUCUGCUUGGGCUACCUUUUCUUCCACAACAACCCAUUCCACGAACACACGAGGGCACUGGUGAUCCUGGGCAGCGAGCGGAUGGACGCCCAAGACUGCAUAUCCCACGCCCUACAGGCUCUUCGGGAUUUCAGGUUCCCAGCUUACCCGAGCUCUUACGAAAUUCGGGCGCAAAUGCCCCCAGGAGGUUAUCCGACGCCGGGCCUCGUACCGGUCUGCCAGCUUUCCCGCUCUCUGCCUUGUCUGAAAGCCCCCAAGGGCCGCAUCCCCCUCCAUCGACUCCCGCUGAUCAGGGCUUGUCGGCUGUCUCGUCUAGUAGCUCGACGCCGAGCCGCAGGCCGUCAUCUGCAUCAGCCAUGCCACCAAGUAUGUUGCCUCGGCUGCACGAGAAUCACCCUACACAGCUCACUGGGGAGCCUACCGAUGAAUCAGUCCCAGCGCCAAGUGCUGCACGACAGCGUCGCCGGAGUGAUUCCGAAUAUGCUCCCAAUCGUGCUCUUGGCUCCGGGUCGGUUCGUCGCAACGGUGUGGUUGAACCCGACCAGCCUGCCCCAAGCGGAGGUCGAAGCUGGUUGAUCUACGUUGUUGGAACCAAUUUAUCAGAGAACCACCCGGCUCUCACAACUCCCAGUCUCUUCACUGAUAACCCCACAUAUGAGGACAUGAUCCUUCUCUCGUCACUUCUGGGCCCAGCCAAGCCUCCCGUUGCCACCCAAGCCGACAUCAAUUCCGCCGGCGGAUUAUUCCGGCUUGUUGAGUACGAUGGCUCGUUGGUCGCAGAGUCUAUCAAUAAUGAUGGCGCUGGCGUCAUUCGAAUCCAGGAUGGAGAGCGGUGUUUGAUCUGCCUGAGUGACUACGAGGUGGCCGAAGAAGUCCGGGAGCUUGUCAAAUGCAAGCAUGUUUUCCACCGGGAUUGUAUUGAUCAGUGGUUGACUACUGGGCGAAACUCGUGUCCUCUAUGUCGAGGCGAGGGUGUUGAUGAAACACCCAAGAGUGGCCCUGCCGACGCCGCCGCCCCAGCUUCAUUUCCCGACAGUACAGCCAUUUGA